CACCGCCAUGGUGCUCGCUCUCCAGAUGCAGUUGUCAUGGAGAUGGAAAAGCUCUCGGCUAGUGGCACCGUUACCAUGGAAAUCCCCAUCACAGCAGCAGCAGCAGCCUCAUCGGAGGAGGAGAGCGUUCAGCACCAUGGACAGCACCGCUCCGCGUUCCAGCACAGAAACCACCGCAUGCUGAUCGUGAUCGGAGAGAUUUCCACCAGCCAUCACCUCGACGCCGCCAGGAAACAGAUCACAGAAGGUUUGCGUUCCUGGAACGUUGAUCUGACUGUUUGUGACCUGAACAAAGAGCUGCAGCUGUUUGAGACCAGACACACCGCGCAGUUUUCUUCACAGGUCAAAGGUCAGCGGAUUCUCCAGUAUCAGAGUGAUGUCCUGGAGACAGUGGUGUUGGUGAACCCAUCAGAGGAGACCGCAGCCUCAGAAAUUCGCUCUCUAAUCACCGAUUUUGCCGGGAAUAAGUUGCUGAUACUGAGCGGCCAGAGCUCUGAGCAGGGAGGCGACAUCCUACUGCAAGCUGGAGCCUUCACCUGGCAGCACUUCUCCGACAUCAUCUCCAACCCUCAAGUAAUUGAACACCUGUCGAAGGCCUCUUCAGAGCAGCCAUCCAGGCUUACUGUUUCCUGUCAGGGAGACGGGGGCUGGAGCUCCCUUGGCCAAAGCCAGGAGCAGCAGUCAUUUCAAAAUCUUCUGGAAUACCGCUUGAAUCCCGAACCUCACCUCCCCGACAUGGACGGAGUCACGGAGUUCACCGAGUAUGUCUCAGAGACGGUUGAUGUGCCGUCGUCCUUUGACCUCCUGGAGCCCCCGACCUCUGGAGGUUUUCUGAAGCUGUCCAAACCCUGCUGCUACAUCUUCCCUGGAGGCCGAGGAGACUCCGCUCUGUUUGCCGUCAACGGAUUCAACAUCCUGGUGGAUGGAGGGUCUGAUCGGAAGUCUUGCUUCUGGAAGCUGGUUCGCCACCUGGACAGGAUCGACUCCGUUCUGCUCACCCAUAUUGGUGCAGACAACCUCCCAGGCAUCAAUGGGUUGUUCCAGAGGAAGAUUGCAGAGCAAGAAGAGGGGCGUAACCAAGGAAGUGGAUCCAGCAGCAACGGCGAAUGGAUGAAGAACCAGAUCUCUCCUGAGCUUGGGAUUGUGUUUUUCAACGUCCCAGAGAAGCUUCGAAUGCCUGAGUCCACGCUGAAAGUGAAGCGCAGCAUUGAGGAGGCAUCUCUUACCUUGCAGUACCUCAACAAGCUCGGUAUCACACCAGAGCCUCUUCACAGGGUAGUCACCAACACUAUUGAACCCAUUACACUAUUCCACAAACUUGGUGUGGGAAAGUUAGACAUGUACGUCUUAAACCCUGUAAAGGAGAGCAAAGAGAUGCAGUUUCUAAUGCAGAAAUGGGCUGGGAACAGCAAAGCCAAGACAGGGAUUACGAUGGCCAAUGGAAAAGAAGGAGAAAUAUCUGUUCCCUAUUUGACAUCAGUUACCGCUCUUAUUGUUUGGCUUCCUCACCGUCCAACAGAAAAGAUAGUUAGGGUGCUCUUCCCUGGAAAUGCACCGCAGAAUAAAAUCUUCGAGGGCCUUGAGAAACUGAAACACCUUGACUUCCUGCGAUACCCUGUGGCUACUCAAAAAGACAUAUCAUCUGGUGCCCCUCCUCCCAUUAUCAAACAGACAAAAAUGAGAUCAAGAACUGACAGCAAAGAGAGUCUCAAGUCUUCACCGAAACCACACCCUAAAACAACAAAGAAAGAAGCCAGUGGACAUGACGAAGAGUCCAAGAGUGAAAUCACGAAAGAGAAUAAAGUGGAAAAGAAGGAAGAGAAGAAACUCAAAAGUCUAAAAGCCACCAAGCAACAGAAGAACAGUGAGGUGGCCCCUGUGGCAGGCAAGACGGAGAAAAAGAAAAUAUCCAAGGAUACAACUGUCAAGAAUGAAAAAGCGUCCAAAAUGGACGAAAAGAAAGACAAAGAGAAAAAAGAAAUCAAGAAAGAGAAACGUGAAGUAAAGAAAGAUGAAAAUAUAAGAAAAGAAGAGAAAAAGGAAAGUAAAGCCAAGGAGAAUAAAAAGAAGGACCCAAGUAAACCGGAGCUGAGAAAAAUCACUAAACCUGACCUGAAGCCGCUCACCCCUGAAGUGAGAAAAACUCUGCAUAAGGCUAAGACUCAGGCUAAGCCCAAGACUGACAAAAACAAAGCAGUGAAAGAGGAAGCGCAUGAGAAAAAGCCAGUCCCAAAGAACAUCCCAGAGGAGAUCGCAGCAGCAGCUUUGGCUGACAGGUCCAUUGUUUCCUCCCCAGAGGACCUCACUGAGGACUUUGAGGCUCUGAAACAAGAAGAUCAGUCCAAAGUUAAGACUGAGCCAAUCCAGAAUGAUGUGAUGUUUGGGCAUUCACUCCAUACAGAUACUAAAGUCCCGUCUUUAGUUUUCAGUGAUGAGAAAGUCACAUCACCAGCUACUGAUACAAAAUCGGCUUCGCCCAAAUCCCCUGUUGAACAGAUAGAAGACAACAAAGACAAAGGCGCUUCGGUACGCAUUGCAGCCGCUGAAAAGAAGGAAGUGAGUGAUAUCUUUGACAAGAAGUACGAAGAGGAGAAAAUGGAGAAAUAUAACAAAUAUCCUGCAAAGGACGACAUAAGAGACAGAUCGAAGAAGAGCGACAGCUCAGAGGAGGAGGGUGAUGUCAUUGAAAAAGCUGACCUUGAAGGAACGGAAGACGAUGAGGUCCUGAAAUAUAAAACAGAGGAGGCAAAAAGGGAAAAAACUGGAAAGGAGUGGGACACCAAGCCAGCUGACCCAAAACCUCCAUCAACCACAGCCCUGUCAAGUCAAGUAGCAGCCUCCGCCUCAGAGCAGUUCUCCUUCAUCCAAGACGAAACCAUCCCCGGCUACUCCGAGACUGAGCAGACCAUCUCUGAUGAGGAGAUCCAUGAGGAACCAGAAGAUAGGAUCCCACAGCUGCGCUACGAUGUGGGCUCCUAUGACAUCUCUGUCCCUGACAUCCCCGGUACCUUUGACUCCAUGCACGGUAUAAAAGAGAUGAAGUACUCCGCCGUGUCUGACGUCAAACCCAAAGCCUUCAUGGGAGGUCACGAGCCUGAACUUGCACCAUACCCCGCCAUCAUUGCCGCUCCUCUUGCAGAGGAGGAGCACAUCUCCUCGGCGACCUCCAUCACAGAAUACGACAAACUGUCGUCCUUUGCCACGUCUGUAGCCGAGGACCAGUCGAUAGCCUCUGUGACGGCGCCUCAGACCGAGGAAGCUGGGAAGAACUCUCUCCUGCUGGACCCCAUCAACAGUAUCCCCUUGCGCGCUGAGGCCACCCAGGGGAAGGACUAUCUCAACUCAGCGGGAACCAUUUCACCCACCUCCUCUCUGGAGGACGACAAGUGCUUCAAGUCCCCUUCCUCUGAUGAGUACCAGCCCAACAUUCCUGAGAUGGAAGGUGAUGCAAAGAUCAAAUCGGUCCACGAAGAAGAAGACGACGAGGAGGACGAGGAUCAGACUCCUAAUGUCGAUAUUCCUCUGGGUAAACUCCAAGAGGGCUACGAACAUGCAGCCUUCAUGAUGCUUCAGGAGAAGCAGAAAUCUCCUUCUGCCACUUUUUCUCCUCCUCUCUUUUCUACCAUGCAGUACUCUCCCACACAGGCUGUCAAAGAAAACCAGUCUCUCUUUAGCUCAGAGGGGUUUAAGACUGAUAUAAAGCCUAUUUCACCCCCUCCGUCUUUCUCCCCUGGGUUAGAAUUAGAGUCCCACAGGCAGGACAGUGAGGAAAGAUGUCUAAGUCCAGAUGACAGCACCAUGAAACUGGCCUCACCCACACAGUCUGUGCCGACAAGCAGUGGCUACUCUCCGACAGAAGAGAAACCCUUUAAGACAGAAGACAAAGAUGAAGCAGCGAUAGAUUUUAAAUCAGCCAUCGUCUCAGACAGUACCGCAUUUAUCGGUGACAAGACAGCGUCUGACAAGUCCGAUGAAUCCAGUGAAGACAAUGAGGAGGAAGAUGACUCUUACACCAAAAAGAAUCUACAGCCCACUGUUAAGGCCAAGCUUAUGGAGGCAAAAGAGGGGUGCUUCUUGGAUGACGACUUCGCCUCUGAGGCAAAAUCUUCAAAGAUAGAAACAGAAGUCAAGAGCUCCGACAAGACACAAGUGUCUUUCAGCACAGAGAUACCGAAACCUCAAGUGAUGUACUCAGAUGAAGAUGAAAAAGAUGAUGAUUUCCAUAGUGGGGAAGGGUCCCAUAAGCCCUUAUCAACAGAUCAAAGUAAAGUAGACUUAGAAAAGGAAAGCGCAGAGGAAACAGAUGUCGCUUUAAAGGAGCACGAGAAAAGUGUUCAUUUCAGUCUCUAUAAUUUUCCAGAGAAGGCGAGCAAAGAAAAGGCGGUGUAUAUAAGACAGGACACGCCCUAUGUGCAUGGCAAAACGUUCUCUUACAGUGACAUUUACGGCUCAGUGGACUCAGAUUCAUAUCGUCAGGAGUCUGUAGAUAAAGUGGAGAAGAACACUGCAAAAGGUGGAGUGGAUUCGCAGAAACCAGAGCCCCCGGCCCCGGUAACAGCCACGGACAAGAUGUCAGAGAAGGAGGGAUUUACCGUCUCUUAUGAAAAAGAGUCCUCCGCCUCACCGUGGCUCGACUCAAAGAGCACUUCUGCUAUACCUCCAUUUGAAGAGGUCCAAAGAGAGGAGGCAUUUAAAUACAACACAAGUUGCCGAUUCCCUUCAGUGGCUGAUAGACCCGAGUCCUCGUCCACUUCUUUGUCACCAGAAAAAGACGAUUCCUUUAAAAGCCACACUGACGGCACGAAGCCCCCGAAGUAUUCCUCGAUGACAGCGUUUGAUGAUGCUGGCGCAGGCUAUGGUGAGAAAGGAGGGUGUUUGGAGGUGGACAUGCGAAAACUGACAGCAAGGGAUGAGGAGGACUAUGAUGACGAUGUUGUCGAUGAAGACUAUGAUGACGACGAAGACGAAGAUGAUGAGGAGGACAACGGCGAGGGUGCGGUUGAUUCCGACAUGGAGAAAGGCGCCAAAGAGAAGUCCGAGAAGGAAGUAAAAAGUCCAAUCAGUGAAAUGUUUGGCUCAAAGAGGCCUGAAUUUAUGGUUUCUAUGGCUGGAUACGGCUACAACAGCCAGGGGAAGCCGAGCAGCUCUAGCUUGCUCACAAAGACCGAACACGAAGCGAAGAUUGACUCUUCAUCCUUCAGCGGAAAGCCAACAGAUUUAGGAGCUACAGGUUUCUCUGGCUACUCCUCAGGGUUUGAGUGCUCAUAUGGGAGUGGUGAGAAAGACUCAUUUUAUUCAAGUCAGACCACAGACAAAGGUAAAGAGGAUUUCACUUUGAAAUCAACAGAGGACAGUUAUUACGAGAAUCAAAAAGCUGAUGCUGAUAUUGACAAACAGAAAACACCAGACCUUCUGAGUAAGACAUCACUGGACACAAGCUUUCAGUACACGACCACCGCUGCCCCUGGGUACUCUUCGUCUUCGGCCUAUAGCUACUCCUCGUCCACCUCUGGCUCCCUCUCCACCAGCCGUCAGUUCGGAGAGGAGCUGGAGACGCCCGCCGAGCCUCUCUUUGAGUACUCCUCCUUUAAAGAUGAACAGGUCAUGGACUCUUCCUUCUCCGGCUCCGCUGGCGCCAAAGACGACUAUCUAGAAGUGUCCGAGAAACAGUUUAAAGCUACAACUGCGGCCGAGUCCACCUCCAGUUUAGCUCGUUUCUCACCCCUCAGCCCAUUUCAGGAGGUCAAGUCCUUCCCCUCACUAUCGUCCGCUGCCUUUGCAGAAGACAAGAAGGAGCAAAAGACCAUAUCAGAUGGAGUCACGGACAAAGGCCCUCAAUCGGACUGCUUCUAUAAGCCUGAAUGGUCUAAAGGGUCCAAGCUUGACACGGCUGUUGGGUUUGGGGCCUCAGCAGGACCGUUUGCUCAACAUUCAGAGAUCUCCAAAGACAAAGAGGCGGCCAGUGCCGCCCUGUUCGGUGUUACUUCCUCACCGCGCCCUGACAUAGAAGGCAAACAUUACUUUGAGGAGACGGACAGCAGCGAGGAAGAGGAUGAGGAGGCUUACAUGCGUGAGAUGACUCGGAGGUCGCCCUCCGGCGGCCUGGCUGGUAGCCUCUCAUUUUCUGACAAGCCUGUCGCUCCAGCUGCCAGUGAAAAGACAGCUGGUGCUCUCCCCGAUGUUCUCGGCUCCUAUAUGUCCUCGCCUCUCCAGGCCAACAAGUCUGACACAGUCAACGGCCCCACGGAGGUCGGCGCAAGCGCCACCUCGAUGCCUGCUAGUGCAGCAGCCAGUGGUGCAUCUUCAGGCCAAGCCAAGGUGGAGCCCAGAGAGGCAGCAGCAGCUUACAGGAGCUCUUUUGAGUGGGAGAUGUCAAAGUCCCAGAUGGGGAUGGUGCCCGGAGACUCCCCUCCCCAUUACCGUCACGAUGAUGAGUUCGAAGAGGCGUGUGAGAUGGAGCCAGAGCACCCGGCCCGCCCGCUGUCUCUCUCUACAACCGAUCAGCCAUUUCGCUCUCCGUUCUACGCCGAGGAGUGCAGCCGAGGAGGGCAGGACGAUGAGGAUGACGACGACGACAGUGAUCAGGAUCUUGCUGGUGAUGUGCCCAUGGGAGCCACCUCCUCAUACGGCAGUCGCAGCUCUCCUGGGUAUUCCUCCUCCGAGUACAGGCAGCCCAAACAGGACCUCUCGCCAUCCUUCAUCAACCCGUGCAUGCGGAAAUUAUCCAGCGACGACGACGAUGAGGAGCGUGAACGCAGAAGUGAUCAAUCGCAAGAGGCCGAUGGGCACGAUCUUUCAGUCAAGAGAAGGGCUCACAAGCAGCCCCAUCAUCACAGCGGCUCUCUGCACCAAGCCGGCGGUACGUUGCCAGUGCUGGGUCUGGCCACAGAGGACACACCGCCCACCUCAGUCAGCGAGUCUUCAGCCUCUCAGUCAGACUCCGAUGUCCCUCCAGGCACCGAGGAGUUCCCCUUGGUCACCGGCGAGGGCAACAUGGACUCAGAUGAGGAUGCAGACUACAUGCCCGUUGAUAAAUUAUCCGCCACGGGAGGAGGCAACCAUCAUUCCUCUGGGAGGACCAACGACCCUCCUCCUGCUCCCCUCGUGGACCCCUACCCUCACCCACCACGCCCGGAUGUUUGCAUGGUGGAUCCCGACUCCCUGGAUAACGGCGUAGUUAAGAAGGAGCCAAAAGCCAAGGGCUUAAAGAAGACUUCCGGGAAAACCAAAUCAGCAUCUCCGGCCAGGCGCAAGAGGUCUCCCAUGCCUGUCAAACAGAUGCCGUCUCCUCGCAGCGCUUCGCUGAAGAAGAAGGAGGCAGACAAGAGCUCUCGUAUGUCUCGUCUGUCGGACGGACAGGGCUCCAAAGACGAUGACCUCUCCAGGUCGAGCUACAACCCCGGCAAGACGCUGACGAAUGGUGUCAAGAGCAGUUCAGGUUCUCAGAAGUCCGGGUCUGCAGGUGCUCCUGGCCUUCCUAUUUAUGUGGACUUGGCCUACAUUCCCAACCACUGCAGUGCCAAGAACGUGGACCAAGAGUUUUUCAAACGCGUUCGCUCUGCGUACUAUGUGGUCAGCGGGAACGACGCGGCGAGCGGCGAACCCGGCCGAGGAGUCCUCGAUGCACUGCUGGACGGCAAAGCUCAGUGGGGAUCGAACCUACAGGUGACGCUGAUCCCGACCCACGACACGGAGGUGACCCGCGACUGGUACCAGCAGACCCACGAGAGGCAGCAGGAGCUCAACAUCAUGGUCCUGGCCUCCAGCAGCACCGUCGUCAUGCAGGACGAGUCUUUCCCCGCCUGCAAGAUCGAGUUUUAAAACCCCCCGGUUUCCUCUCGCUCCCCUCCUCAGCGUAGAUCUGGAUUUUAAUUGCUCUUCUCUAUAGCCUGAUAUGAUAAUCUGCCUCUGCUUUGGGCUCUGAGCGAAAGCAGAAACAGACCUGGAUAACAGUCUAUGUUUUUCUAGAUUUUUAUUCAUUGAUAAGCUUGUCGUGGCUAUCACCACUUAUAUUACAACGGUAGUUUUCUGACAACUAUGUCCUCCACUACAUUAUUAUUUCUGUUUUGUUUUUUUUGUUUGUUCCCCAACUUUGAGACAAUGAGUCUUUGUUUAUUGAGACAAAAUGCCCGUUGAAAAAAAUAAGGAUAGGAAAAAAACAUGAAAUGAAUGUUUGGUUGCUUGUCUUCAAAUUGGCCGAAAUCAGAGCACAAGUUUGCGUACUUUAAAGCCGGCAACAAAGUUAUUUUCUUCCACUGAAUCCCAAACAAAUUUGAAUACCUUUGCUGAUAGAUAAAUCAUCAUUACAGGCUAAAUGUGACCAGCUUUACUUAACUCUCCUCUAUUUUCUGUCUUUCUUCCAAAACAAUGACAGUCCCAGUGUUGAACUUUGUGCCUCCUACUGAAAUAGUACAAUAGAAAAUAUGUCGUUUACAGUAUAUUUGCCGUAGCAUAGGGAAGACCAUAUUCACAAAUCUGUCUUGUAGUGAGUUAUGAUAUUUCUACGGUUAUUUAAAAUCGAAAAAUCAAUCGUUGCAGUAGGAGUUUCUCGGUGGCUGUUAUUUCUUACAGUGGAUUCGACGAAUAUGUUUCUCUCUGUAAUUGUUAGUAGUCUUCAAUGUAUUUUUUCAGUGUAUUUCCUGUUAACGUAUUGUUGCAGAGGAUCUUGAGGAGAACUGAAGGCGGUGAUCCAAGUAACAAAAUCAUCAUUCCCGAUCUUUGGACUCUACCCCGUUUAUAUAUCUUUACAUACAGAACAGCACUCAACAAAUCGACAAACCUCACAUCAGUUGCUGCGUCUCAAAAGAUCUUUGUACAAAACGCUGCGUUGAAGAACGAAGAAUGUAUUCCACUACGACAAUAGGAGCAUGUGGCUGCGAGGAGAGGUUUGUGUUUGCGGUUGAGAGGUUAGACUGUCACCCACAUGUGCCUUUUUGUCCCGCUGUGCUGGAAGGGAGAUGGUUUGGAAGGUUCUCGGCGAGCUGGCCUCCUCUGUUGUUGUGCGAGUCUUGUCGGUGAGAACGUCGGUGCACAAGAAAAAUAAAAAAUAAAAAUAGUUGUACAUAUAUUGAGCAUAAAAAUGGCACUUUUAAACUAUUUCAGACGUAGUGUUUUAGAAUUCCAGGAGCUGCCACUCUGAGAAGCACAAACAGUAACCAUUGUGCAGAAACUUAAAUUUAGCAACAUAAAAACAAUUACAGCUGUGCCGUUUUCUUCUGGUUACUGUUAAAUAUCAUUUGCAAACAUAUAUUUUGAAGCCACCUCAUGUUUUUAGCCAUUUCUUUAAUUUUAGUGGUUAACCAGUGGACGUUUUAAAGUAAGACUUUUAUUAUGCGUAGACAUGCUUUUAAUUUGAUAUUAAUAUAUAUUUUGAUAAGUACUUUGAAGAGAUUUUAACCAGGAACAAAACAAACCUACACACUGGACCAAAACACCUCACCAGGGUUGCUAUUUUAUGAUCCGCAGUAAAAAAAAAAACAACUCCAGAUAUUCUUCUGUAUGAUAUUUUACUCGACUGCGAUGCAUGCGCAACAGAUUGCAUGUACAUAAAAAAAAGAUUUAAUAUUAAAGCAGGAGGGCUGCAGGGAGCCACGACGACCUCAGCGGCUCCAGUUGAUUUGAAUGUGAAGAUGCAGAUUUACCUUUACGUUCUCCGUGGAGGACUUUGAUCUCCUGGUGGCCUUGGUACAUCCGACUGUCGCGGCCGGCGAUGCAUCUCGACUCUGUGCAGGGAGGGAAAACUUAAAACCCCCAACACAGUUUCGUUCUUCGGAUGACCGUUUGACAGAAUCCUUACAGACAGCGAAGAGACGACGCUGACGUUGAGCUCCGUUGUUCCUGUUAAGCCACUCUGUCAGCUGCAUUCCUAUACUGCACCACUGUAAAGGCCAAUAACAACUCACAUAUGAGCAGACCACUCAGAACCCAGACUGCCAGACACUCACGUCAAAACAUUUUUAUCUAGAGAAGAUUUCCUAUUAUUCACUCUUUUCCAGACAAAGCUUAACACUCACACACACACUCAUAACCGCUGCAUUUUCGUAUUGUGCAAAACAAAAUAAAAAAAGAGUUAAAAACUAAAUAUCUGUGGCGUUCAGCCGUGAAACAAAUCAUCAUAAGGACUGUUGGUUUUCAGUGAGCCCUGCUUGUACGUGCAUGUGUACCUUUUUGAGUUCUCCUGUAUUGUAAUAGAUGAAGAAAAACAUGACUUAACAUAGAACUGCUAAUUUAAAAGAUGCAUAUUUAAGACGCUAAACUGUGCGGUACUGAGGAGGCACGUGUAACCUGGCUGUGCUGUGCUGUAAAGAAAGCCUCGUGAUCGUGUUGUUUUUAUUUUCCUCCUUUCUGCUUCAUGGUUCUACUUUGAUCUCUUGUUUUUAAGUGCAAUAUUCUCUUUAUCGCUCUUUAAAUGCUUACAAAAGGUAAAAUAAAAAACAGAUUUAUUGUUAAAACGGGAACAAGUGUGGUGAAGACCAAUAAAAACAUCAUUUACUGAAGAAA